AGAGGGAAUUUACGGACAAUUUCUGGAAUUUUGAUUUCAGCUCUCUGAUUCCUAAAAUGUUACCGAAAAAUUGUACAAGGGGACUCCUACACUCGGCGUGCAAGGAGUUUUUUUCUGGCACAAAUGGACGGUCAAUCAGCACUUUUUCGGGGCUAAAUGUCGCUGUUAUCGCGAGUCGUCGCAGUUCUGGCCUUCACAGGGCUCUAGGCUCGACCUUUUGCCGUUCUUUCCAUGCCGGCCAUCAUCACGAGGAACCUCCACAUUACGCCUACAGGGGCGAUGGAUUGCCAAAGAUACAGUGUGAAAAGGUGCAAGAGAUCAUCCACAUCAACGAAAGACAGACGCAUAAGACGCUGCAGCCCAUGCGCCCAUCAAAGGAGCCGCUCUAUAGGUCUGAAUGCUCACCAGAAGCCAUACAUUUGGAGGCAUACAACGACCUACUUGAACUACAUAACAAAGUCUUGGCGGCAAAUUGGCAUGACACUGUCAAACUUACCAUGAACGCAGACAUUUGGGAUGGAAUCUUUAGUCGUAUCAAGAGGAGAACACACGAUAUCCCAGACAUUCAAGUCCAAAUCAUGCUAAACAAAACUCUAGAGAUUUUUGAUGCUCUGUAUCAGGUGGAAGAUGUGCAGGAUCACAUUUACGAGCUCAUUGAGGAACUCUCAAUAAACGCCUCUGAAGGUGCCAGUGCUGAGACCAGUACCAAGGUUACAGAUAAUUUGGAUCAGCACAUUGCCGAGAUUUUAAAAAAAUAUGAACAGUUAAAGCAAAGAUAUCCAAGAUACGCAAGUAAGAUACAAGAUACAAUCGGUUAUUCAUUGGCCAUACUAAGGCAACGCUAUACUUUUACAUGGCCAGAAGAACACAAGUACUUUUACUAA